GAUUUAUAAAAAUGAAGAUUCUUAUCCUUGAACCCUUCUAUGGAGGGUCACACAAGCAACUGAUAGAUUUAAUUCAACAAUCCGUUAAAGAGAAAGAUUUAGAACUGAUAACCCAGACUGCAAAGAAAUGGCACUGGAGAGCCAGAUCCUCUGCGGUUUGGUAUUCUCAGAAGAUUGAAGAUAAUGUUGGACGAUAUUCACAUAUCUUCUCAUCUAGUGUACUAAACCUUUGUGAACUGUUUGGAUUGAGACCGGAUUUAAAAUCUGCCAGGAGUAUCCUAUACUUCCAUGAAAAUCAGUUGGUUUAUCCUGUCCAGACAGUUCAGGAUAGGGACUUCCAGUUCGGAUACAAUCAGAUCCUCUCCGCCCUAGCUGCGGAUGAAUUGCUCUUUAACUCCGAGUACAACCUAUCCUCGUUUCUGCAGAAUAUUCCGAAACAUUUCAAAAUUCAACCAGACUUUAAACCAGACACUAAAAUUAUAGUUAAGAAGAUUAGGGAUAAAUCAAGAGUUCUGUAUUUCCCUAUUUACGAAGAGUUGAAGCUUCUUGAUUUAGGAGAAAAGAAUAGUUCAGAUGUAUUGCAUAUAGUUUGGGCACACAGAUGGGAGCACGAUAAAAACCCGGAGUCAUUCUUCCAAGCUCUGUACACGCUACAUGAAGAGGGGUUUAGCUUUAAGAUAUCUGUACUAGGAGAAACAUACUCUCAAGUUCCCCCUAUUUUUGAAGAAGCUAGGAGUAUCCUGUCCGACCAUAUUCUACAGUUUGGUUUUGCAAAGACUAAAGAGGAAUACUACAGUAUUCUACGCGACGGAGAUGUGAUCGUUAGCACAGCUAUUCAUGAGUUUUUCGGUGUAUCAAUGCUUGAAGGGUUUUAUCUUGGAUGCUUUCCUCUGGUUCCAAACCGUCUGGUGUACCCAGAGAUAUAUUCUGAAGAAUGUAUUUAUAACACAGAUACUCAACUUUACAAGAAAUUGAGAAAUUUUAUCAGGAAUCCGUCCGCGCUGAGAUCCAGGAAAAUAUUCACAGAUUUUCAGAAAUUUUCAAUAAAACCCUUUCUAACUUUGUUUGAAUAAAUGAUAAAAUGAAAA